AUGAAAUCGAGCCGCCCAUUAGCAUAUGAAAGUCUUAAAAGUGUCCUCAAACAUAUGCCAAUUGAUACACGAAGCAAGUUACGCAAUUGUUGUCCUGAAAUCCGUACCGCCGAGUCUAGUGCUCCUUUAAAAAUCGAGCGACUUGAAUUUCACAAUGGAGAGAUAGUGAUUGAUAACAAGAAAUAUCGAUUUUACAAGUCGAUUUGUUCAAUUAAUGAGAAUCCUGCCACUUCGAAAAACCGCCGAGAUUUUGAUUACGAUGACAUCGAUGAGAAUGGAGAAAUGGAAAAUUUUGUGGAUUCUAUGACUCCUGGAGAUGUGCUGAUAAGCACCCACCGUCCAAACUUUGCCAGAAGAACUCCAGAUUUAUUUUCUCAUUACAUAAAGUAUGUGUUUGAAAAUCUCAAAACAGGGUAUACAAGCACAAAGUAUCUAAAGAACACCCGAGUUCGGACAUGUCUAAAGAAUAUUGCUGUGAAGAUGUUGGGCGGAAGAAGUUCAACAAUCCAAGUGAAGAAUCUUGUAAAUGGAGUGCAUGAUGGUGUCAUAUCUCUUCCUGAAAACUUGAACCUGCAAGUUCAAAACUUGUCAACUAAUUACACUGGUUUUAUAGAAGCAUUCACACCAGUUAUGGACCCAAAUUUCCCACUAGAAUCGCUCAAUUUGGGAAAUGUAUUCACUGACUCCCCCUGGCUUCAACAUAACAUUACUAAAAAGGCAAAGGUCCUAAAAUUCGGACCAUUAAUGAGACCUAACCACGAAGGGCUGCCACCGUUGAGCAAUUACGGAAUCGAUCUUCGAGCUCCAUGGAAUGUUUCAAACGCCGAGGAUGUUAUAGGGAUAGUCAAGACAUGGAUGAAGGGCGACAGAGAAAACGGAAGCUUUUUUAAGACAACAUUUUGCCGAGCUAAUAACGAAACAAUUCGAGAAGUACUGAGAAGCGAGCUGGGAGCGACUAAUAAAAAUAUAGAGAUACAUGAAGUGAACUGCCCUGAACACCAAACUGUUGAAUGCCAAUCCUUGCAAAUAAACGAGGUACUAUCCCUCAUUGUCUAUUGGAUUCCACUGGAAGACCAAUUUAAAGGAGAUCUUCAUAUUCAAGUUGUGGAUUGCGUUGAAAAUUUUAAAUGA